AGCUAUAUAUAUAUAGUGAGAGUUUAAGUUUAACACACAAAAUAAGGCCAACCAGUGAGAGCCGCAUAGAGGUUUUUGCUCGGAGUUUGAUUAAUCUGUUGUUUAGCCUUUCAUGGCAGUACUGAAACUUUUUAUUUGUUUGAUUCUUUGGCUCAACUCUCUCUCUCCUCUUCAAGGCGGCAGCGAUAAGUAUGAAUUCAGAUACCCGUUCAUCAAAAGGGCGGGUUCAUUAUCCUCACCGUUCUCAUCAUCAAAGACAGACCAAGUGACUUAUGAUUACAUAAUCGUGGGAGGUGGGACGGCAGGGUGUCCGUUGGCGGCCACUCUGUCUCGGAACUUCAGAGUGUUGGUGUUGGAGAGGGGAGGGGUUCCUUUUUCAAACCCCAACGUCUCCUUCCUCGGCAACUUCCACAUUUCGUUGGCGGACACUUCGCCGUCGUCGGCUUCCCAACCUUUCGUUUCCACGGAUGGUGUGAUCAAUGCAAGGGCUAGGGUCUUGGGUGGUGGCACUUGCAUCAAUGCUGGGUUCUACACCAGAGCUAACUCAGGUUUCAUUAGAAGAGGGGGGUGGGAUGCAAGGCUAGUGAAUGAGUCGUAUCCAUGGGUGGAGAAGCAAAUUGUUCACCAGCCUAGACUAGCACAAUGGCAGCGUGCCUUCAAGGACAGCCUUUUGGAUGUUGGUGUCACACCUUUUAAUGGAUUCACCUACGAUCAUAUCUUUGGAACAAAAGUCGGAGGCACCCUUUUCGACCGCUUCGGCCGUCGCCAUACUGCGGCUGAGCUGCUUGCUUCUGCAAACCCCAAAAUGCUCACCGUCUUGGUUUAUGCCACCGUCCAGAAAGUCUUGUUUGAUCAAACAGGGAAGAGACCAAGGGCAAUGGGAGUGGUUUUCAAGGAUGAAAAUGGUAACCUGCAUCAGGCAUUUCUCACGAACAACCGGAGGAGUGAAGUGAUUUUAUCAUGCGGUGCAAUCGGAACUCCUCAGAUGCUAAUGCUAAGUGGUAUUGGUCCCAGGGCUGAACUCCAGAAAUUGAACAUUUCAGUGGUUCUGCACAAUGAGUUUGUUGGCAAGGGCAUUGCUGAUAAUCCCAUGAACUCACUUUUCGUCCCAACUAAUCGACCGGUGGAACAGUCCCUUAUUCAAACCGUAGGCAUUACCAAGAAGGGAGUUUACAUUGAAUCUAGCAGCGGAUUCGGACAGUCCCGGGAUAGCAUUCAUUGGCAUCAUGGAAUAAUGUCCGCAGAGAUCGGCCAGCUGGCUACGAUCCCUCCUGUGCAAAGAACACCCCAAGUGAUCAAAGCUUUCAUCAAAAGAAAGCGAGACCUACCACAUGAAGUAUUCAAGGGAGGUUUCGUUUUGGAAAAGCUUGCCAGGCCCCUUUCCUCAGGCCACCUCAACCUGGUCAAAACCAACAUUGAUGACAACCCUUCAAUUACCUUCAACUAUUUCCGCCACCCACGAGAUCUGCAGCAGUGCGUCGAUGGGAUCCGCACGGUUGCAAAAGUUGUACAAUCAAAACAUUUCACAGACUUCACCAAGUGUGACAAACCAACUGUAGAGAAGCUUCUUAACAUGAGUGUCAAGGCUAACAUUAACCUUAUACCAAAGCAUAUUAAUGACAACAAGUCCCUAGAGCAGUUCUGCAAAGAUACUGUGCUAACAAUUUGGCAUUACCACGGAGGGUGCCACGUUGGCAAAGUGGUGAACCCUGACCUCAAAGUUAUUGGAACCAACCGACUCCGGAUCGUCGAUGGCUCCACAUUUAGUGAAUCCCCUGGAACUAAUCCUCAGGCUACUGUCUUGAUGAUGGGCAGGUACAUGGGGGUCAAGAUUUUGAGAAGAAGACUAGGAAAACCUGCUAAUGUGUAACGACUUGCGACCAACUGGUGGCAUUUCAAGAGCAGUGUUUGUUUGUAGUAGUACUUAAGUGUAUGUAGAGAUUAGCUUGCCACGGGAAAUUUAGCAUUUCCAUUGCUGUUAAUUUAUAUCAUGAACGAAGUCGUCUUGACUCUGCUCUCCUAAUGCCUGGUGUCAAGGUUGAUGUUUCUUUGCCGAUAUAUAAUAAAAUAUUUAAG